AUGGAACCAGAUUUCUGGGUGAAAGGUGCUGAGCGCUAUAUGUUGGAAACGGAAUUAAAGCCGUGCUCACUGCUGAACAAUGAAGUACCGGAAGCAGAUUUGGUGACAAUUUUUGAGGAAUCUCGGCUUCUUCAAGAGGUGGACUUCCAAAGCAAUGUGCUUGGACUUUAUUACGAUGGUGGUGAAGUGGCGAAAAGACUGAAGUCGCCAGGAAUGAGCGUUAUUUGUCUUAAGGAGAAGGAGUUCGAUAUUACAGUGAAAAAUUCGGACAGCAAUUACAUAAUCUGUGCAGUCUGCAUUGAAAUUGCUCCAGACAAAUGCCCUUCGAGUGUCACUUUGUUCGGCAGAAAAAUUAGCCUCCAAACAAAAACUCUACGAACGUUCGACGUAGCACUGACGCGUAGACAGUCCAUCACAUGGUAA